GUCCCAAGUAACCGAACGACUUCGUUCUAAUUCAUAAUUCUGUCUCCGUCUUUGGAGCGAUAUUGGACGAUUCACUCUUGUUUUCUUAACAGAACCACUGCUAAAAAGYUGGGAAACUUGCAGAGGAGGUUAUACCAAGAAUGGAAGAGUUGCAUGUUAACGGUGUAGGUGAGCACCAAACACCACCAGACGUUGUCCCGRCUGACCAGACAAGAGAGAGUGUGAUAAAUAACAACGACGAUGUAUUCMRAGCAGAAUCAGCUUCACAGUCACCGGUUAAAGCCACWGUUACUUUGCAAAGUCGUAAAGAGCAAAGAAUCUCCAGUGGAGAAAAUGAGAUUGGAGAUGAAAAGAAGUACACCUACGUGAUACGAUCGAGGACAUCUGUCGRAGAAUACAGUACUGCAAGUUCAGAGAGCACCGAAGAGCCUCCGGUGCCAAACCCCUCGAGGCUUGUUAUUAGAUCACGCUCAACAGACGAAACAACAGAAUUUGAAAAAUCGGUAAGAGAAGACGACAAACCUGAGGAGGCGGAAAGUUCCGAUGUCAAUAUGACGCAGGCAAUCGCAGCUCAAGCAAYUGAAAUGGUAAAAUCGCUAAUAGAAAAGCUUGAAAAUGAGCAAGAUGAUCAAAAUAGACAAAUYCAAGAAGAGAAUCGAUUCUCYGGGGCUCAAACCAAUCAMGUUACAAGAACGGAACCACCUUCAGAAACUUCAGUGCGUGAGAUGGAGCAAUGCCAAUCAAUCGAGAAAGAAAAUGACGACGAAUUGGUGACCGACACUUAUUCCGAGGAAAGGUCCUUAGCUGAGCAAGCAAAAUCCAUUGACGAAACAGGAAAUAUAGAAUCUGUUUCGCUUGACACAGGUAUUUCUGUACAAUCUGCAGCAAUGCAAGAGAAAGAAGAAAAAGCUGAAGUUGUGUCCAUGAAUUUCGACACCAAUGAAGACAAAUAUUUAGAGGAGCACCUCGUUUCAUCUGAAGCAGCCAUUCAAGAAACUCCUGUAAUUGAAUCGAGAAUUGAAGUAGGURAAGCUAAACCAGAAGGAGAAGAGUUGGGGGGAAUAGAGGAACUGCCAUUAAAAGAGGAAAACGACUUUGCUUCACCACCCCAAUCAGAUGAYGAUGUAAAAGARGAAGAGGAAGUCUUCGAAAGAAAGGUUGAGCGCAAACGAGAGGAAGCUGAUGAAGAAGUACUUGUUUCUGUAGAGACAACUCCAGAGAYAACUAUUCCUGCCAAUGAAUUKAAAUCAAAUGCAGAUGAAAAAGGCAAAGCGGACACGAGAGAAGUAAAGUUUGAGUCAAUCAGAGAUCAGUUUAAUAGAGAGCAGUUUKCUGAUCUAGAAACAGCUGAGAUAACUAUAUUACCAAUGGAAGUUAAAUCUAAAGAAAUCGAGUCAAAUGCAGGUGAAGAGGAUAAGGCAGAGAAAAUGACAAUAUUGGUUGAUACUCAAGAAGAACAAUCUGAAGGAAAUACUGUAAUGAAAUCAGAGGAAGGUACAUCCGAUGAAAGCGGUAUAAAAGUAGAUGAAGAAAGCAAAGCUCAGACAAUUGUUAUGGAGUUUGAGACGCCUGGAGAAAAAUAUGAUGAAGAAGUGAUUACCACAGUAGAGUCAACUGAAGUGAAAACAUUUCCAGAAGAAAUAAAAACCAAGGAAGGCGAAAGAAAAGUGGAAGGGGAAAGCAAAGCAGAGACAAUGACAAUGACAUUUGAGACGCCGGAAGAAAUAUAUGAUGAACAAGUGAUUGCCACAGCAGAGUCAACUGAAGUGAAAACAUUUCCAGAAGAAGUUAAAACCAAAGACGGCGAAAGAAAAGUGGAAGAGCAAAGCAAGGCAGAGACAAUGACAAUGACAUUUGAGACGCCGGAAGAGAUAUAUGAUGAACAAGUGAUUGCCACAGCAGUGUCAACUGAAGUAAAAUCGUUGCCAGAAGAAGUUAGAACUGAAGACAGCGAAUCAAAGAUUGAAGAAGAAAGCAAACAAGAGACGAUGGCAWUUGUGAUGCCAGAAGAAAAAACUGAUGAACAAUCUCUUGUCACAGCAGAAACAACUGAAGUGAGGUCAUUAGAAAUUAAACCCGAAGACAGCGAAUCAAGGUUGGAAGAGGAUAGCAAAGCAGAAACGAUGUCAUUGGCAUCGGUGACGCCGGCAGAAAAAUCUGAAGACCAAUCUAUUGUCAGAGUGGAAACAACUGAAGUGAMAUCAUUGCCCGAAGAAGUUAAGUCUGAAGAAAGUGAAUCGAUACAAGAUGGUAAAGUGGAAUUGAUGUCGAUGCCGUUUGAAACCGAAGAAAAAAACUAUGAUAAACAAAACAUCGAUACUGCUGAAGAAACUGAACAGAAGUCAAUGGUAGUUGAAGUCGAGCAUGUUGAAAGUCAAUCAGGACCUGACGAAGUAAGCAAAGUAGCCGAAACAAUGGCAAUGACAUUUGAAACUCAGGUAGCGAAAUCCGACGAAGAAAAGCUCGUUGAGGAAGUCAGCGAUCAUGCAGACAYYCUUUCAGUCGAAGUGWCAUCCGUAGAAAUGGAACAAAAGUCGGAUGAAGAAAACAAAGCAGUACAAAAAUUUGAAGAAAAGGAAGAGCAAUUUGAUGAACAGCAGCUUGUUACAGUUGAGACAACUCAAGUGAAGUCCUUGCCAAUCRAAGCAAUGUCUGAUGAAGAAACGUUAGUAAACGAGGGGAAUGCAGAAGUAGAACCUCUCCCAGAAAUGGUAUCAAAGACUGAGCAAGAGAUGAAAUCAGAAAUGAUGAAAAUAAAUUUUGAGUCAAAGGAAUUKCAAUCUGAUGAUCAAAACGUCGAUAUUUCCGAAACRUCACUAGCUAACCUAGAAUCCAACGAAGCAUUGCAAGAGUCUGAGAUAUUGUCAAUGACAUUUGAGUCGAAAGAGGAACAGUCGGAUGAAGAAAAGCUUGCAYUUGCAGAUACUCAAACAGAGAAAUCGGAGAUUGAACCAGCGCAAGAGAUUAAGGAUAAAACUUCAUCCUCAGGUUCUGCGGUCAUCGAAGGACAGGAGGAACCAAGCUCACCUAAACAAGAAUAUGUAGCCGAACAUUUCAGACAGGACACCCAAACUCUUCAGGAAAUUCAAGAGGGAAAUAGCGAGAAGCCCGAAGAGAAGCCAAUCAUUAARGUUCGUUUGSCAGAGGAACCCCUCAGCACCAUUACUAAAGAUAAUCGGUAUGAUGAUGAUGUUAUAGAGCUUGAUACUCAUGUUGUAGAGUCUCCUACAGAAAUUGCUUUGGACACGUUUGAAGAAGGAAGCGACAGCGACGGUGAAAUUGAUGUUACUAUCGAAAGACUUUCUCAAGAAAAUGAACAGCUAAUUAAAGAGGGAGAAAGUGACGAGGAGGGCACAGCUGAUGACUGGAUGGCUAAGGAUGACACCGACGAAAUCGUUUUCAAAGGAAAAGCUGAACUUGUAACUGACAUCGAAGAUACAAGGCAAGAUAAAGUCSAGCAGAAAAGUCAGCCAUCUGUAGAGAAUAUAGAUAUUGAAACUCGAGGAGAUAUCGGUGAUGAGGUCAUCUUUGCCCAUACAAAAGCUCUCACAGUAUGCUCUGAUAUUGGUGGCUUCUUUACACCGGAGGAGGGAGCACAUAUGCAGGCAGACGAAGCUCCCAAGGUKGUGCCAGCACCAGAAUACGAUAUUAAUAAAGAUAUUGAAGARGAAACUCAAAGACUGAUACAAAAGAAUACGACCACUGUUGAUGACAGCUCUAUCGCUGUUACAGAAGAGAUUUUACCAAACCAACAAAGAAAAAAAGAAGAGUCUGAAUUUAACAUUUUUUUGGUUGACGACAAAGAAAAGGAUGAGGAUGAAGAAAAACCUCCUUCUCCCGUCGAGGCAAAAAAGGUUACAGAAGAAGGAAUUACAGAGAUUUUUGAAACAGAAGAACUUAGAAGGUCAGGUAUAUUUGACGAUACCCUUGUCGAAGAAGAUGAGGAUACUCUAAAGGGUCAAAGUCAAAUUUCUCAAAGAGAUGUCGUUCUAGCGAAUGAGGAAUAUUUUGAAGCUAAAGAAAAAGAAAAACAUGCUUCACUUCGUUGGUCACUUCUAGAAAAGUGGGAAGAAAUGAACAAAAGACAAAGUCUAGAAAUGAGAGAAUCCGAAGCCAAAGCAAUAGUUACAACAGGAAAUGAGACGCAAGAGAAUCAGACGGUUWUUACUGAGAAUGAGGUACGUGCGACUGAAAAGCCUUUUGUACAUGAAACGUUGUCAACGGAAACGACGCCGUCAUCUAUCACCACAGUGAAGACAUCUAAAGCUGUGACGACAGCACGAGUGAUUAAAGCACGUGCUGAGGCACUACCAGAAACAGUAAAGGAUGAAAAAGCUGUUUACGAGGAAGAAACUACUCAGGAUAGCAAUCGUGAGUCAGUGCAAGCAAUUUCAAGCCAACUACCUCAAGAAUCACAACCAUCUUCCCAAAGAGGACCAGUGCAUCGUGAUCAAACAGAAGAACAGCUACAAAACGUCAAUCUUGAAGCGUUGCAAAGUGAACCGUGUAUUGCUGUAAUAGAAGACGGUCCAGCAACGUCUUCAGGRGAAACAAAUUCAGUGCAUCAARAAGAGUCACAACAUGCUGAGCGCGAGGAAGCGGCUUCUAUGUCAACUAUUCUAUUUAGAAUGGAUGGAACACCUGUAGUCAUUCCACCAGUAGCACAAGAACAACCAAAACCUUACACUGCASAAAAACAAGAAAAACGAUCACAACCAACGCUACAGAAAGAUGAGAAGGAAACGAAACCCGAGCCAGUAGAAUCAAGUCAAAUGUCUACUAUACUCUUYCGUAUGGAUGGAACUCCAUUUGUGGUUCCUAAUGCUGCCCCUGGUAAGUCAUCACCAAAGCUAAAGUCAGUUAAUUUUAACUCGGAAACUUCAGUUCGACCUCUUUCGGUGAACUCUGUAGAAUCUGUAAGGGGUGAAAGAGAAGGUGUCCCACCUCUAGCAGGAGAAGAAGAGAGUGACAUAGAUGACUCAAGCCUACAUCUUGCUAAGUAUGCGCAUUCUGGUUCUUCGCGAGCACCAACAGUCAGUCCAGUUGAGGAAGUCUCGGCUCCUCCAUCUCCUCGUCYUAUUCGUGAUGACGACAACGAAGACAAAAAAGAAGAUGCCGAUAGUCCAUUGCUUGAUCAAUCUCAGCCGGGUGCCGAGAAGGGACAAAAGUGCUGUAUCAUUUUAUAAAGUUGCCCAAAUCACAAAUUUGUAUAAGAUAGAAACAAAUAGACUGCUAAAAAUGACAUCAAAGUUAUCAAACAGGGUUUAUAGAUAUGCUAUAAGGCAAAUGCAACAGUAAAAUGACUUUCAGCGGAAUGCGAAGUAAAUAUAUUUACUUUAUAAAUUUAUAAAGAAGACUGUUGUGGCACUGCCAAAAGGUCUUAGUAUAGAAGUCAAACUAAUUUAACAUUUUAUUGCAUCACGAGCAGGAUAAUAGAGCUUAGUUUUUCACAUUUUGUAUGGAGCAAAUAAAAAAGAAGUGCAUAAUUCCUG